AGCCCCGCCCCCUCGCUCAUUCCAGUUCCCCGUCAAGGAGGUGCCCGGCCCAGGCCUGGGGGAGAGGCUCUUCCCCGAGUCCAGUCGCUCCGUCCUCGGGGUCACGGAGAGCCCUCGGCAGGAGUGGCCACCAUCAGAGGUUGAAUUAUUACUGUUGUUUAUUUAACAUUUUAUAAAGGUAACGAGGAAAAAAAGAGAUCCCAUACACUAUGUCUGGUGAAGUUUUUAGCACAACUUUGGCAUAUACAAAGAGUCCAAAAGUCACCAAAAGAACUACUUUCCAGGAUGAGCUAAUAAAAGCAAUUACAGCUCGCUCAGCCAGACAGAGGAGCUCUGAAUACUCAGAUGACUUUGACAGUGAUGAGAUUGUUUCCUUAGGUGAUUUUUCUGACACCUCUAUAGAUGAAAAUUCACUUAAGAAAACAAUAAAUGAUUUCCAGAUAUCAGAUGAUGAAGAAAAUAAUUCUCCUAAACUAUCUUUUUUGAAAACCAAGAAAUCAAAUAGUGACUCAGUGGAAGAGGAGCCAGGCUUCUCUAAUAAAAAAGACGAGGAAAUGGCGCCUGGGAAUUGUGAAGACAGGGUUGUAAACCCCUUAUCUGAGUCUCAAAAUGAAGACCAGGAAACUGAAAAAGAGACACUCCAAAUGAAACCUAAACCCAGAAUUCUUUCAAUCAAAAACACAGCUUCAGCAGAAAACAGCAGCAGCCUUGAAGCAGAAAACCACUUCACACCUUCACCUCGGCCAAGGAGCAUGCUGACAAAGCACAGGCUCCAGGAAGAAAAAGAUGGGCUGGGAGGAGAGAGAGAAACUGCCCUCCGGGAAGAACUAGAGGCACAUCCUGCACCGUCAUCCCUCCCAGAGCCGAAGGACAGACAGCCAGAAGCUGAGGAAAAAACGUUCUCUGAAGACCUUGACCCUGAGGAUCCAUGGUUAACAAGUUUGUCAUUAUCAUCCCUUAAAGAAAGUUUUGGAGAUUCCCUUUCACCAGGAUCUGGGGAAAAAACAUCUAUGAAAGAUCAGAAUGAAGAAUUCACUGAAAACCAUCAUUCCUUGAAAUCAGACAAAAAUGAAGAUAAUUCAUUUUUGAUAGACUUUGUUACUUCUGCACUUGAGAAAUCCAAGGAAGGGCAAGUGACUUCUGAUGACCUUGAAGAAAACAAGGAGAAAGCUAAAUUGGAAAUGAAUGAUGACUUAACUGUUGAUCCACCACUAUCUCAGCAGAAUUUAAGAUCUACCAGUGCAACUGAAUCUGCAAAGAAAACAACUGAAGAUAGAAAUAUGAAGAAUAAACAGUCAGCAAAUAAUAGAGCAUCCAGUGCCUCCGGCAGAUUAAUGACCUCUGAGUUUUUAAAGAAUUCUAGUUCUAUAAGGAGAACUCCAUUGAAAACUACCUCUUCUCACUAUUUAGGGACUUUGAAAGUCUUGGAUCAAAAGUCCUCACACAAACAGAACAAAGAACCUGACAAAGCAGAUAACAUAAGGGCAGCUGUUUAUCAGGAGUGGUUAGAGAAGAAAAAUGUAAAAAUACAUGAAAAGCACAGAAUUAAAAGGAUUGAAAGUGAAAAUUCAAGGAUCCAAAAUGAACAGAAAAGAGCUGCUAAGAGAGAAGAAGCCUUAGCGUCAUUUGAGGCCUGGAAGGCUAUGAAGGAAAAGGAAGCUAAGAAAAUAGCUGCAAAAAAAAGGCUUGAGGCCAAAAACAAAAAGAAAACUGAAGAAGAAAAUGCUGUGAGAAAAGAAGAAGCACAACAUGCUUUUGAAAGAUGGAAAGAAAAAAAGAUAGAAUAUCUUAAAGAGAAAAUUAAAAAGGAAAAAGAAUAUGAAAGAGCAAAGAAACAGAAGGAGGAGGAAACUAUUGCUGAGAAAAAGAAAGACAACCAAACUGCUGUGGAAAAAUGGAAUGAAAAAAAGGAAGCUUUUUUGAAAGAAAAGGGGAAAGAGAAAAUCAAUGAAAAAAGGAAAGAAGAACUGAAAAGAGCUGAGAAAAAAGAUAAAGAUAAACAAGCUAUUGAUGAAUAUGAAAAAUGGCUGGAAAAGAAAGAAAGGCAGGAAAGAAUGGAACGAAAAAUAAAGAAACGUCAUUCCUUUCUUGAAAAUGAGGCACUUCCUCCAUGGAGUCCUCCAAGCAGAACUGUGUUCUCAAAAAUGAUUUGAUAAUUCUACUUCUUACGUUAUUUAGUUACUCAGUAAUGUUAGCCAUAGUUUUAAAACUACAUAUCCAGUUAUUUAUAGUUAGAAUAUUUAUUUUAAAUUAAAUGCCAGCCACUUCUGAUCAUGAAAAGGAUGCUUUGGAGCUUAACCAGUGAAAACACUGAAAGUGGUUUUUGAGCUGUAGAUAAACCGCCUCAAAUGAAAAGCUCUAAUCAUCAGAAUGCUCUUACCUUUAAAAUACCCUUUAUUAUGUACUGAGGAUUCUUACAAUCAGGUGAUCAGUGAUCACUUUCUCUAUGCCGUUCAGGUUAUUUAAGUAUGUUUAUUCCAAAUAGUAAAAAGGAAACCAUUUAGGUACAAUAACUAUAGAAAUAAUUGAAUUUAUAUAUGAUUAUACAUCUAGAUUCAGGUUUUUAAAUGAAUGGCUGCUGGGGAGUAUGACUAUAUUAUUCUAAAAUUGAUCUUUAGCUCAAAGCAAUUGCAUUUGCACUUUGCAAGCUAGAAUUUUGGUCAACUGAGGGAGUAGUUCAGUAGAAUGCUAAUCAUUGAGGCAUUUUAUUUAAGAAUUCUGUCUUAUGUUUUAAUAUGAAUGAGCUUUACCUGUUCUAGGCUUAUGUGACAAUCACAGGCACUUUGUCAUAGGGAGACCUCUGAAAUUUGUCUUUUUAAAUUCUAUCUCGCGUUAUUCUUUCAGUGAUACCAAAAAGAUAUCCAUUCCAUGGUAGUGAUAUACUUACAUAUUAGUUAAGGAAAUUCCACAAGAAUUCAAGGUCAUUAUCAUUCUUAAUUAUUUUCCAGAUUGAAGCCAUAAAAUUGAUAAAAGCAAUUUUUGUCCUUUUAACUAAUCCAGAAUCUUAUAGCUUGUAUUUGGAAGGCAGCUGUAUGUAUGAGAAAGUAACUUGUAGAAAAUGUCCAGUCAGGUUUUAUUUAUUAGAUCUCUGCAUAUCCUUCUAUUUAUUGGACUCAUACUUGAAUUGGUCAGCUAGUUUAUCACAGACCAAGUGAACGCUCUCGGAGUUGAAAUGCUACUUUAGCCAACGUGCAAUGCAAUAAUGGAUAAGAAUAAGCAGUUACUAUUUAUUAAGCACCUAUUUUAUUCUCUCUGCUGAGUCUUUACAAAUGUUAUUUCCAUCUUUACAACAACUCAUCAGCGUAGGUAUUAUUAGCCUUAUUUUGCAGAUAAAAUACUGAGACUCAGAGAAAUCAAGUAAGUUGCCACACUCGUAGCAUGUGACUGAGUUGGAAUUAGCUAGACCUGAUUAAGUGGGUCACCCUCCAGAAGCCACAUGCCCAUUUCAUGCUCUCACGUGGCCUCUGAGAAGUUUCUCAAGCCCUUUGUGUUAUAUCAAACUUAAAACACAUUUUACCUCUCAGAUCCUACAAUCACGUAUUAUUAUCCAGAGAUUAUCUUUCCCUUAAGAAAUAGCUGUAGACAUCUAUAAAGUAGAAACAGAAUUCAUAAUAUUUAAGGAUUUAGUCAAAUGCUUUGUAUCUAGGAUUAGAAUGUUAGAAAAACCAGCAGGUUAUGGAAUAUAGGCGUUGAGAUAGUCACUCAGGAGUUUCACACUCUGAGAAUUAAUCUUGAUACAGUGAAUAUGCAAGGUAAGAAAGAUGUCAUGGGUCCCUUUGUAAGGUCACAUCAGUGCUACCGACAAAUAGACGACAUUUUUAUACAGCCUGAACUAGGAGAAUACUUAAUCAUUACCAGCAACAUGUAUUAUCAGCAUGGAAUUUAGGACCUCUUACUCAUCUGUGUGUCCCCCAUAGUACCAUACACAGUGCCUACCAGAAUAGAUCGUUUAGUGCUAAUUGCAUCUAACUAGCUGUUCAAAGCUAAAAAUAUA